AUGGAUAAAUACUUGAGACCUGAUCGCUUAGAUAUUGAUCCCUCCAAUAGUUCUGCAGCGAAACAUUGGGAACAUUGGAAAAGGACAUUCGAGAGUUUUCUAUCGGCUUCUGAUUUUUCUCACAUGUCAGAAAAAGUACUGACUUCUUAUAAAAAACUUGAUUUACUUAUAAAUCAUGUAUCUUCUAAUAUAUAUACAUACAUCAGUGAAUGUUCCACGUAUGAAACAGCAAUAGCUAUAUUGGAUAAAAUAUUUAUAAAACCCAAAAAUAUAAUUUUUGCAAGACAUGCUCUAGCAACAAGAAAACAACAAAUUGAAGAGUCGAUAGACAAUUAUUUACAGGCAUUAAAACAAUUAGCAAAAGACUGUGAUUUUAAAAAUGUUGAUGCAGAAACAAAUAGAAACGAUAACAUACGCGAUGCAUUUAUUUCUGGAAUACAAUCUAAUAAAAUAAGACAACGUCUCCUUGAAAAUUUAGACUUAUCACUCGAUGACGCUUACAAUCAAGCCUUGUCUCUAGAGGGAGCAGAAAUUAGUUCUCAGCAGUAUAAUAUCAGCGUUAAUGCUAUUGAAAAUAAUAAAUCUAGAGAUAAUAGUAUGUUUGUACGACCAGAAUCAUCUGAAUAUGAUAGUAGAAAAAGUUCUUCAGAAGCAACUAAUUAUAAACGGAAAUGCUUUUUUUGUGGUGACCGUAUUCAUAUUCGCAAAAAUUGCCCUGCACUAGAUGUAACUUGCCAAAUGUGUGGUAAGAAAGGCCACUUUGCUAACGUUUGUCGCAGUAAAAUAUGUAAUAAUGCGGCAACAAUUAAACAAUUCGAAUCAUCUGCAUGCAUAGUAGCUGCUUCUCCAAGCUCGUUAAAAAAAGCAACGUUGCCUGCCUACAUAAAGGGAAUUCGAGCACACGCGUUAAUUGAUACUGGAAGCUCAGUGAGCUUUAUUAAUGAUAAUUUUUUUAAGCUUUGCGGAUUAAAGAAAUUGCCUAGUAAUCAAACUAUUUCUAUGGCAUCGACUAAUUUCACAUCACUAGUUGAUGGAAAAACUAUUGUAUCAGCAAAAAUAGGAAAUCACGAUUACGAUGACUUAAAUUUAUUGAUUGUAAAAAACCUUUGUGCUGAUUUAAUUAUAGGUCACGAUAUACUGGAAAAACAUUCAUUUUUAGAAUUUUCUUUUGGAGGGCCUAAAGAGCCGAUAAUAGUUUGUAAUGUAGCAGAAGCGUCAAUUCCUGCCGUUCCUUUAUUUGCAAAUAUAUCUGCCGACUGUAAGCCGAUAGCAAUAAAGUCUCGCCGAUUUAGUCAAGAUGACAAACAAUUUAUUAUUCAAGAAAUUAGAAAGCUUUUAGCUGAGGGUAUAAUUGAAGAGAGUUCUUCGCCCUGGCGAGCUCAGGUCUUAAUAACAAAAAAUGAAAAUCAUAAAAAACGUCUUGUUAUAGACUAUUCACAAACAAUAAAUAAAUAUACGCAAUUAGAUGCAUAUCCGCUUCCUAAUAUAGAAGAAAUGAUUUCUCAAGUAUCGAAAUAUUUUUUCUUUAGCACAAUAGAUUUACAGAAUGCCUAUCACCAAAUACCGAUACUUGCUAAAGAAAAACAAUAUACAGCUUUCGAAGCAGAUGGAAAUCUGUAUCAAUUUCGACGUAUUCCCUUUGGAGUUACUAAUGGCGUUUCCAGCUUUCAAAGAAUCAUUGACUGGGUGUUAAAAGAAGAAAAACUCAAAGAUACAUUUGCCUACUUAGAUGACAUUACUGUUUGUGGUAAGACAUUAACCGAACAUAAUGAAAAUUUAGAAAAUUUUUUAGCUGCAGCUAGAAAGUAUUGUCUCACUAUUAACAAGGAUAAAAGCAAAUUCUCUCAAACAACGAUAAAUAUUUUAGGAUAUAAUAUUAAAGAUCAAGUUAUAAGACCCGAUGCUGAUCGCCUUCGACCUCUAACGUCUUUACCACCACCAAACGAUUUACCAUCCCAACGUCGGAUCGUUGGAAUGUUUGCACAUUACAGUCGAUGGAUACCUAAUUUCUCUGAAAGAAUUCAUGCUAUAUCUCAUAAUAAAAUAUUUCCAUUUUCUGAAGAAUUAGUACAAAGAUUUCAAUCAUUAAAAUCAGACAUAAUUAAAUCAGCUGUGUAUGCAAUUGAUUAUAGUCUUCCACUUACUGUCGAGACCGAUGCCUCUGACCAUUCUAUUGCUGCUGUUUUAUCUCAAGAUGGUCGACCUGUCGCAUUCUUUUCUAAAACAUUAAAUCUAACAGAACAAAAUCAUUCAGCCAUUGAGAAAGAAGCUUAUGCCAUAGUAGAAGCUUUAAAAAAAUGGAAACAUUAUCUUAUUGAAUUAAAAACGAAAAAAAUACAGAGAUGGCGUUUAGAACUGGCACCAUUUAAGUACGAUAUAAUUUACAGGCCAGGUAAGCAAAAUGACAUUGCAGAUGCAUUAUCACGUAUUUGUUCCUCAGCUCAAGUACAACACACAAAAUUGAUUUCAUUACAUGAAGCUUUAUGUCAUCCUGGAGUUACAAGAAUGGCUCAUUGGAUUAAAACAAAGAAUCUACCAUACACUAUAGAAGAAAUAAGAAACAUGAUAAAAUCUUGUCGUGUUUGUUCAGAAAUAAAGCCUAAUUACGUACGGAAUCCUAUUCCUAGACUUAACUUAAUUAAAGCAACAGCUCCAUUUGAAAGAUUAAGUCUAGACUUCAAAGGACCAAUUCCAAGCAAUACGAAGAACAAAUAUAUACUAACAAUAAUUGAUGAAUUUUCGCGUUUCCCAUUUGCAUUUCCAUGUGCCGAUAUCUCUUCAAAAACAGUUAUUAAAAAUCUAAACGAAAUAUUUCUUACAUUCGGUAUGCCAUCAUUCAUACAUUCUGAUCGUGGUACAGCAUUCAUGUCUUCUGAUUUAAAAGAAUUUCUUUAUAAUCGUGGCAUUGCAACGAGUCGAACUACACCAUACAAUCCGCGAGGUAAUGGUCAAGUAGAACGCCUUAAUGCUACUUUAUGGAAAGCUGUACAAUUAGCAUUACGUUCGAAAAACAUGUCUAUUGAGAAUUGGGAACUCGCCCUGCCUCAAGCAUUACAUUCUAUCCGCUCUCUUCUCUGUACUGCUACAAAUUGCACGCCACACGAAAGAAUGUUCACACACACAAGAAAAUCAGCAAACGGUGUAUCAGUACCUAGUUGGUUGAUAAAUUCGGAGCAUGCACUUAUGCGAAAAUGCAAUCGCACUAAUAAAUAUCAACCACUAGUUGAAGAGGUGGAAUUAAUACACGUUAAUCCAAAUUAUUCCCACAUACGUUUAUCGGAUGGUAGAGAAACUACCGUUUCAAAUCGUAAUUUAGCACCUUUAGGCCAAAGUCAAAGAGAAUUUGAUGUUUUAAGUGAAAAUGAGGUACCGAUUGAUGAAGAACAAAAUUCACCAAGGGAAGAUAAUACAUCAGAUUCUAAUUAUGAAUCCACCGAAGAGCUGCCACCUGAAGGAAAUCGAUCCAAUUCUAUGGAAGAGGAAGCAACUUUGCGUAGAUCAAAUAGAGAGCACAGACUUCCUACACGACUGCAAGACUAUGUUUUAAAUUAAAGUGUGGGUGAAUGUAGUAAUAUUUAACCUCCUUGUUUUUAUAUCAUUUUAUAACUUAUGUCAUAUGUCACUCUUAAGAACUAUGUACUUUUAUUAUGUAGAAUAAA